AUGGCGGUGAGGCGGCGGCAGAGGCGCGGGCCGGGCGGCGGGCGAGCGCUGCUGGCCGCGGUGCUGCUGUGCGUGUGGGGCCGGGCGGCGGCCGAGCGGCUCCGCUACGCCAUCCCCGAGGAGCUGGGCAGAGGCUCGCUCGUGGGGCCGCUGGCGCGGGACCUGGGGCUCAGCGCGGACGAGCUGCCGGCGCGCAAGCUGCGCCUGAGCGAGGAGAAGCAAUACUUCACGGUGAGUGAGGAGAACGGGAACCUGUACGUGAACGAGAGGCUGGACCGGGAGGAGAUGUGCGGCGAGUCGGCGACCUGCUCUGUCAGCUUCGAGGCGCUGGUGCACAACCCGCUGAACGUUUUCCAAGUAGAGGUGGCGAUCGAGGACUUGAAUGACAACUCCCCAGCCUUUAGCAAGGCUGCUCUGGAGCUCGAGAUCGGUGAAUGGAUCCUUCCUGGUGCUCGUUUUCCGUUGGAGAUGGCGCAAGAUGCAGACGCAGGAAGAAACUCGCUGCUGACUUACCAAUUAACAAGCAACCCCUCCUUCUCAUUGUCCAUGAAGGAAAAGCCUGGUGGAAAGAAGCAGCCACAAUUAAUACUGGAGAGAGUAUUGGACCGGGAGAAGCAGAGCGCCAUUGAACUGGUGCUGACAGCAGUGGAUAGCGGGGAGCCCGCAAGGUCUGGGACUGUCGAGGUUCACAUAAAUGUUACCGACGCCAACGACAACCCACCCGUGUUCAGCAAAAGCCUCUACGAGGCACGAGUAGCAGAGACACUCCCAGUAGAGUCAGUAGUUCUGCGAGUAUGGGCGACGGAUGCAGACGUGGGCUCCAACGGGCGAGUGUCCUACGCCUUUGGCAACAUUCCGAACGUGGUCAGGGCGUUGUUCACUCUCGACAGUGAGACUGGGGAAAUUAGAACAGCGGGGCCCCUCGAUUUUGAGGAGAAGAAUAAAUACAUAUUUGGUCUGGAGGCGACGGACGGCGGUGGUCUCACCGAUCACUGCGAAGUGCAGAUAGACAUCACCGACGAGAAUGACAACGCGCCCGAGAUCACCAUCCUGUCACUGUCAAGUCCUGUGCCCGAGGAUGCGCCAACUGGUACUGUAGUAGCACUUCUGAAAGUGCGCGACAGAGACUCGGGCGAGAACGAGGAUGGAAACAGAGAUCAGCUGGAUAAAAGCCGAAGCAGGAGGUCCGCGCUGGACGAAAAGCGACGUUUUCUUUGCGGUUAUGUCCCGCCCACGCGAGAUGUCCGUGGGCAGCGCUCGGCGGCGCUCGGUGCCUGCAGUGCCGGGAGGAGGCUGCGGGCGCCGCUGCUGACCGAGAGGAGCGAGAGGAGCUCGGAGCGCCGCAGCCCCGCCCGCUGCGGAUCCGCUCGAUCGCUCGCUCGAUCGCUCGCUCGAUCGCUAUCAGUCUCGGCGGCGGGCGGUCUGCGAGCGUCCCCGCGGUGCGGAGCCGUUCUGCAGAGAGGCAGAAAGGCCGGCGACAGCACCCGGGAGCGGCGAGUGGAACGGCUGUGCUGGGGAGCCUCUCUGGAGAUGUGCGGGGCGGGGAGGCGCUGGGGCCGGCGGCAGCGAGCUCUGCUCUGGGCCGUGCUGCUGGCAGCGUGGGAGGCGGCGUGGGGGCAGCUGCGCUACUCCGUGCCCGAGGAGAUGCCCAAGGGCUCGUUCGUGGGCGACGUGGCCAAGGACCUGGGGCUGCAGCUGCUGGAGAUCAGCGAUCGUGGUGUUCGUGUCGUGUCCGAAGGUAGGACGCAUUAUUUUGCUUUGCACGGGAAGACGGGACAUUUAGUGACGGCGGAGAGGAUCGACAGAGAGCAGCUGUGCCGGCUGGUCGACAAAUGCGUGUUGCGCUGUGAGCUGAUAGUGGAGGGGCAGAUGCAGGUUUACGGAAUCGAAGUGGAAAUCAUGGACAUUAACGACAAUGCGCCGAGCUUCAAGGAAAUAGAGCUGGAAGAAAGAAUUAGCGAGGCGACAUCCCCAGGGUCUCGGUUUCCCCUGGUCGAGGCUCACGACCCGGAUGCGGGCCGGAAUUCCCUGCAGAGCUACGAGCUGAGCGGCGACGAGCACUUCUCGCUGGCCGUGCAGGCGGGCCCCGGCGGCGAUCAGCGUCCCGAGCUGGUGCUGGCGAAGGCGCUGGACCGGGAGGAGGCGGCGUUUCACGAGCUGGUGCUGAGGGCGAUGGACGGCGGCGAUCCGUCCUACUCGCACGAGGUGUCGCUCACGGCCGACUCGCGCAAGAGCCAGCUGCGCUUCUCGGCCGGCAGCUGCUGCGACACCCUCCCGGCCCGGCCGCCGCCCGACGAGCCCGCGCCGCUGCUCGGGGACCAGGAUCCUGCCGGCGCCCUCCCCAUGGAUCCCACCGCACCCUCGUGUGAGGUGGAGGAAGGCUCAACGCGCUGCUUUCAGAUUCAAUCUGAAUGCACAUAUAUUGGCGAGAACGGGAACCUGUACGUGAACGAGAGGCUGGACCGGGAGGAGAUGUGCGGCGAGUCGGCGACCUGCUCCGUCAGCUUCGAGGCGCUGGUGCACAACCCGCUGAACAUUUUCGAAGUUGAGGUGUCCAUCGAGGACGUGAAUGACAACUCUCCGACCUUUAGGAAGACUUCUUUGGGCCUCGAGAUCGGUGAAUGGACGCUGCCUGGUGCUCGUUUUCCUUUGGAGAUGGCCAGAGAUGCGGACGUAGGAAAUAACGCCCUGUUGACUUACCAGCUCAGCAGCAACCCGUCAUUCAGUUUAUCAUUAAAGGAGAACCCCGGUGGAAAAAAGCAUCCAGAAUUAGUAUUGGAGGGAGCGUUGGACCGGGAGAAGCAGAGCUCCUUUGAAAUGGUGCUGAUGGCGGUGGACGGCGGGGAACCUGCGAGGUCUGGGACUGUCCAAAUUCUUAUCAACGUGACUGACUUAAAUGACAAUCCACCCAAGUUCAGUAAAAGCAUAUACGAGGCGCGAGUGGCAGAGAAUUUGCCGGUGGGUUCUGUGGUGCUGCGCGUAUGGGCUACGGAUGCAGAUGCAGGCUCCAAUGGGCGAGUUUCCUACUCAUUCGGCAACGUCCCGGAUGACGUCCUUUUGUUGUUCACUGUCGACAGAGACAGCGGGGAGGUCAGGACGGCGAGUACCCUCGAUUUUGAAGAGAAAAGUAAAUAUAUCUUCGGCCUGGAGGCAAGAGAUGGCGGCGGGCUCACUGGUCACUGCGAAGUGCAGAUCUACAUCACUGACGAGAAUGACAACGUACCGGAGAUAACAAUUCUAUCCCUCACGAAUCCUGUGCCCGAGGACGCUCCAACUGGCACUGUAAUGGCCCUGCUGAAAGUGCGGGACAGAGACUCCGGCGAGAACGGUCAGGUGUCAUGCGAGCUGUCGGGAGAGGCGCCGCUGUCGAUCGUGGCGUCGUCGGGCGGCUCGUACAAGGUGGUGACGGCGGGCGCGCUGGACCGAGAGCAGGGCGCGCAGCGCUUCUCGGUGGCCGGCGCCGCCUUCCCGGCCGACUUCUGCGAGGGCACCUUGCCCUACUCCUACAACCUGUGCGUGGCGGCGCCGGCCCGCGCCGUGCCCGAGGCCGCUUGGCCGCCGCCGCCGCCGCCGGUGCCCGUCCUGUCGGCGGAGGAGCUUCUGGGCGGCGAUUCCUGCGAGAAGCCGAGCCUGAACAGUACCGCCGUAACAGGAGAGCCACCGGCCGAUCUCGACGCCGCUCAGGUCUGUAAAGCAAAUUCCUUCCUUCCUCGCCAUUAA